CGAGCGUGCUCCUGUCAGCUGAUCAGCGAGCCGCUGCGGAAUCAAGUCGCGUCGCUGCGAUAUUUUCAUAAAAUAAACGACAUAAAGAACAUGAGACGAUAAAGUCCUACUCCGCAUCACAGAGAACAUGUCAGGAAACAGUCUGGUAUUACCCAUAGUUCUGUGGGGCCGCAAUGCUCCCACCCACUGUAUCUCCAGCCUGCUGGUGAUGGACGAUCUGGCCACCAUCAUCACCGGCUGCCAUGACGGACAGAUCUGCAUCUGGGACAUGACCUCAGAGCUGGAGAUCAAUCCCCGCGCUCUGCUGUUUGGACACACAGCCUCCGUCACUUGUCUGUCCAAGGCCAGCGCUGGAAGCGACAAACAAUACCUCGUCAGCGCCUCUGAGAACGGGGAAAUGUGUUUAUGGGAUGUCAGUGAUGGGCGCUGCAUUGAGUUCACCAAACUGGCCUGUGCUCACACUGGUAUACAGUUUUAUCAGUUCACCAUCGGCACACAGAGGGAGGGACGACUCCUGUGCCACGGACAUUACCCAGAAAUCCUGGUGGUGGACGCCACCAGUCUAGAGGUCCUUUACUCGCUCGUGUCCAAGAUUUCUCCCGACUGGAUCAGUUCCAUGAGCAUCAUCCGCUCGCACCGCACGCAAGAGGACACAGUGGUGGCCGUGUCUGUCACUGGUAUCCUCAAGGUGUGGAUCAUCACCGCUGACGUCAGCAGAAUGCAGCAGGAUCUGGACCCCGUGUUUGAGGAGGAGUCGAAGCCGAUCUACUGCCAGGGCUGCCAGAGCAUCUCCUUCUGCACCUUCACUCAGCUCUCGCUGCUGGUGGUGUGCUCCAAGUACUGGAGGGUGUUUGAUGCGGGGGAUUUCUCCCUGCUGUGUUCGGUCCCGAGCGAGAACAAUCAGUCGUGGGCCGGAGGAGAGUUCAUCGCGGCUGAUAAAGUCGUAAUAUGGACUGAAGAUGGUUGCAGCUACAUUUACAAGUUACCUGCCAGUUGUCUCCCGGCCAGCGAACACUUCCGCAGCAGCGUCGGGAAGAAGCCGGAAGGGUCCAUCCCUCCUCUGGUGUACAGCAUAGCCGACUGUGCCGACAAACAGCCGGAGGAGGGGUGGGAGGGGCCGUGUGUUGUGGUGCGUCUCCCUGACAACGCUCCCGAUCCCGAACUCUACUCUCCUGAAAUGCAAUUCCUCCAGCGGCCUCUAGAGGCACCACUGCUGAUCUGUCCCCCGGUGACGCGCUUCUUCCUGGGCCGCAGGGAGCCGCUGCUGAAGCUGUUGCUGCAGGGAGACUCUGCCGGCCGCCUGACGGUGUGGAGCAUCCCGGACGACACACCCUCACACACACUCUGCUCCGCCACAGCAGAGCUGCAGGUGUCGUCCAGCAUCAGUCUCCAGGAGGCCUUCGAUAAGCUGAUGCCGUCUCCAGCGGGCAUCAUUGACCAGCUGAGUGUCCUGGCCGGCUCCACCGCCCCGGUGAAGGUCACGGCCAGCGUCUACAUCCCGUCCCAGGGUCGGCUGGUGUGCGGGCGAGAGGACGGCAGCAUCAUCCUGGUUCCUGCCACCCAGACGGCCAUCGUUCAGCUCCUGCAGGGAGAACACAUGCUGCGCCGGGGCUGGCCUCCUCAUCGCACCCUCAGAGGUCACAGGCACAAGGUCACGUGUUUGCUGUACCCGCACCAGGUCUCGCCGCGCUAUGACCAGCGCUCGCUCGUGUCCGGCGGCGUCGACUUCUCCGUCAUCAUCUGGGACAUUUUCACGGGCGAGAUGAAGCACAUCUUUUGCGUGCACGGAGGAGAGAUCACACAGCUCAUCGUGCCUCCGGAAAACUGCAGCACGCGCGUGCAGCACUGUGUGUGUUCGGUGGCCAGCGAUCACUCCGUGGGUCUGCUGAGCUUGAGAGAGCGGAAGUGCAUCAUGCUGGCCUCCAGACACCUGUUCCCCAUCCAGGUCAUCAAGUGGAGGCCGUGUGACGACUACCUCGUGGUGGGCUGCUCCGACGGCUCCGUAUACGUGUGGCAGAUGGACACAGGAGCACUGGACCGCUGUGUGAUGGGAAUAACAGCAGUGGAGAUCUUGAACGCGUGUGACGAGGUGGUCCCGGCGGCUCUGGACUCCCUCAAUCACCCGGCGGUGAACCUGAAGCAGGCCAUGACCCGCCGCAGUCUGGCUGCACUCAAGAACAUGGCCCAACACAAGCUGCAGACGCUCGCCACCAACCUGCUUGCCGCAGACAACGCUGACAAGGGCAACCUUCCCAAAUACUCCCAUAACUCGCUGGUGGUCCAAGCCAUGAAGACGAAUGUCACGGAUCCCGACAUGCACGUGCUGUUUUUCGACGUGGAGGCUGUUAUCAUCCAGUUGCUGACGGAGGAGGCACAGCGUCCCAAUCCCACUCUCGUCUCCCCAGAGUCCCUGCAGAAAGCUCCCGGCGGGGUCGACAAGAGCGGCUCGUUCCUGGCCAAUAAGAUCUUCAAGCAGGUGAAGGAGACCAUUAAAGAAAACAUCAAGGAGCACCUGCUGGAUGAAGACGAGGAUGAAGAGGAGGAGCAGCGCCGCCGUGAGGAGAAGUCGAAGUCUCUGAGUCUCCUGGAAUACAACCUGACCAUGGACACGGCCAAACUCUUCAUGUCCUGCCUGCACGCGUGGGGCCUGAACGGGGCCUUGGACGAGGUGUGUGUGAGCCGGCUCGGGAUGCUGCGCCCACACACACCCAUUUCCUUCGGCCUGAUCUCGCGAGGCGGGCACAUGUCACUGAUGCUGCCCACCUUCAAGGACUCGCUGCUCCGCCGGCUGGCGCAGGGCUCGGUCGAGACGCUCUCCGCGUCCGAGGUCGUGGGAAAAGGGACGUACGGCGUAUCGAGAGCCGUGACCACGCAGCACCUGCUGUCCGUCAUCUCGCUCGCUAACACACUGAUGGGCAUGACCAACGCCACGUUCAUCGGAGAGCAUAUGAAGAAAGCGCCAGUCAGACCCCCAAGACCAGGAGCCCCCGAGAGCCCGAGACACAGCGGCCCUCAGGCCUCCAGCCCGGCCAUGCAAGGACAGAUCAAACAAGCUGCCGUCGCUGUUCCGUCUUCUGCUUCAGGAGUGUCUCACUCCCCCUCAGUCAAUGAAGGUUGGAGUCAGCUGGCCGCCAUGCAUUGUGUUAUGCUUCCUGAUCUUCUGGGUUUGGAUAAGUUCAGGCCUCCUCUCCUGGAGAUGCUGGCGCGCAGAUGGCAGGACCGCUGCCUGGAGGUUCGAGAGGCGGCCCAGGCUCUCCUCUUGGCUGAACUGCGCAGGAUUGGUCAGUCUGGCCGGAAGGACACCAUUGACCUGUGGGCUCCGUAUCUGCCGCAGUAUGUGGAUGCUGUCAGUUCCCCGGGAUCCGCCCCCGAAACCGGCCCGCCGGCCCCGCCCCCUGCUGAAGCCCCGCCCCCUGAGAUCAAAGCGCCAGAGGAGGAGAUAGACGUGACGGAUGAUGACAUCAGUGCAGGUUGUCUAUCUAACCUCCCGCCGAGCGCUAAGAGGAUCAGUAACUCGUACGAGGAGCGCAGGAAACAGGCGACGGCUAUCGUCCUGCUCGGCGUCAUCGGGGCUGAGUUCGGCGCGGAGAUCGAACCCCCCAAACUCCCGUCACGAGCCCGGACCAGCAGUCAAGCUCCCGAGGGCUUCGGUCUGAGCAGCGGAGGAUCCAACUAUUCACUCGCCCGUCACACCUGUAAAGCCUUGACGUUUCUCCUCCUGCAGCCGCCCAGUCCCAAACUGCCCCCCCACAGCACCAUCCGUCGCACAGCGAUCGAUCUGAUUGGCCGAGGGUUCACGGUGUGGGAGCCGUACAUGGAUGUGUCUGCGGUUCUCAUGGGUUUGCUGGAGCUGUGCGCCGAUGCUGAGAAACAGCUGACCAACAUCUCCAUGGGUCUCCCUCUGAGUCCUGCUGCUGAUUCUGCGCGCUCGGCCCGUCACGCUCUCUCUCUGAUUGCCACGGCUCGCCCGCCUGCCUUCAUCACCACCAUCGCACGAGAGGUUCACAGACACACAGCGAUGCAGUCCCAGGGCUCUCAGUCUCAGCAGAACGUUCACACCACAACUCUCGCUCGGGCCAAAACCGAGAUCCUGCGGGUCAUUGAGAUCCUCAUCGAGAAGAUGCCGUCAGACGUGGUGGAUCUGCUGGUGGAGGUGAUGGACAUCAUCAUGUACUGUAUCGAAGGGUCUCUGGUGAAGAAGAAAGGCUUGUCCGAGUGUUUCCCGGCCGUCUGCAGGUUUUAUAUGGUGGCGUAUUGCGAUCGCAGUUAUCGCAUCGCUGUCGGCGCCCGGCAGGGUUCAGUGGCCCUUUAUGAUGUUCGCACUGGGAAGUGCCAGCAUAUUCACGGGCAUAAAGGACCAAUAACAGCAGUUUCCUUCGCACCAGACGGACGUUACCUGGCCACUUACUCCAACGCUGAUAGCCACAUCUCAUUCUGGCAGAUGAACACGUCUCUGUUAGGAAGCAUCGGGAUGUUGAAUUCUGCUCCUCAGCUCCGAUGCAUCAAAACCUAUCAGGUUCCCCCGGUCCAGCCGGCAUCGCCCGGAUCCCAGAACGCCCUCAAACUCGCCCGGCUCAUCUGGACCUCCAACCGCAAUGUCAUCCUCAUGGCUCACGACGGCAAGGAGCAUCGCUUCAUGGUCUGAGGGGUCAAAGGUCGCUUUUCCUAGUGUCCAGUGGGCAGCUGUAUCCAGUUUACACUCUCCGCACCCGUUUCAUUCCUCUUUUUAUUUAUAGUGUUUGCAAUUUCCCUCUUUUUUUGACUAUUUAUGGAGACGAUAAAGGACUGCAGGUCGUUAAAACGUGUGUUUACGUGUGUUUUUGCGCUUGAAGGUCAAGCAAGGUUUUGGUCGUAUAUUUUUUUUUUAUUCACUCACUUUGUUAUAUUGUUUGAUCCACUCAAAAUCACUCACUUGAUUCACCGAAACUAUUCUAUCAUUCCAAGAUUUAUAAAUGAAUUAAAACUCACUCAAGCAUACAUUUUACUCAUGGUACUUUCUACUUGUUAAUGUCUAAAGAUCCUGUCCUGAAACGAGACUGAGAAAUUACAUUAUUUAUAAUCAAAGAAUCAUCAUUCGCACUGAAUGACUAGAAUCAUAUCGUGAUAUUGUGUAUCAUAGGAAUUAUUUUCAGGAAUGGUUUUUAUUUGAGCUUGUGGUGUAGUUGUGAAUUGUUUCGGUUAGCUUUUGUCUGUUUGUGUUUGUGUGAGUCGCUGGUUGGUGUGAAAUACACAUGUAAAAACAUCAGUCUUGUUCGCUUCUUUCCCACCUCUGCACGCCGUCUGCUGUAAUCCACAGAGCGAGACAUACAGACGACUUCAGUGUUUCAAGAAAGCAGAAUAUAUUUGGUAUUUCAUCUCCAAAUCAAAA